AUGGAACGCCGAACACUCCUGCUGCUUCUCUCUGGGCCCCUGGUCCUGACCCGGACCCUGGAGGGUCCCCACUCCCUGGGGUAUUUCAGCUCUGCCAUGUCCUGGCCCGGCCGCGGGGAGCCCCGCUUCCUCGUCGUCGGCUACGUGGACGGCUCGCAGUUCGUGCGCUUCGACAGCGACUCGGAGAGCCGGAGGAUGGAGCCGCGCGCGCCCUGGAUAGAGCAGCUGUGGCCCGAGCAGCUGUGGGACGAGCAGACAUCGGUGGCAAAGGACACGGAGCAGAGUUUCCGAAGGAGCCUGAUCAACCUGCGCGGCUACUACAACCAGAGCGAGGCCGGCGCUCACACCUACCAGUGGUAUCGCGGCUGCGACAGGAGGCCGGACGGGCGCCUGCUGCGCGGCUACAGCCAAUACGCCUACGACGGCGCCGACUACCUCGCGCUCAACGACGACCUGCGCUCCUGGACCGCGGCCGACACGGCGGCGCAGAUCACCAAGCAGAAGUGGGAGCAGUUGGAAGAGGCUGAUCGAACCAGGAACUACCUGGAGGGCAGCUGCCUGGAUGGGCUCCGUGAAUCCCUGGAGAACUUGAAAGAGAAGCUUCCGCGCACAGAACCCCCCAGAGGACACGUAACCCACCACCCCCUCUCUAACCAUGAGGUCAUCCUGAGGUGUUGGGCUCUGGACUUUUAUCCCGCGGAGAUUUCCCUCACCUGGCUGCGUGAUGAGGAGGAAUUGACUCAGGACACACAGGUUGUGGAGACCAGACCUUCAGGGAACGGAACCUUCCAGAAGUGGGCGGCUGUGGUGGUGCCUUCUGGAGAGGAGCGGAGAUACACGUGUCAUGUGCAGCACCAGGGGCUGCCGCAGCCUGACAUCCUCAGAUGGGAUCCCCCUCCUCUGUCUACCCUCUCCAAGGUCAUCAUUGGUGUGGUUGUCCUUAUGGCUGUGGUGGUUGUGACACUAGUGAUAUGCAAGAAGAAACACUCAGGUAAAAAAGAACAGAACAUUCAAGCUGCAAGUAAGUAUUGGGUGUUCUGUGGGGAAUCUUACACCCGGUUGAUAGAGUCCACAGGAGCUUUGGGGAGGGGGUGGGUUGUUCUUUGGUUCCAUCACAGGGGCUGUGACCUUUUCUGGUUUGUUCCUCCCCUGUCAUGUUUUCUUCCCACCGGCAAAAAAGGAAGACAUUACACUCAGGCUGCAAACAGUGUUAGUGCCCGGAGCUCUGAUGAGUCUUUCACAAAUCCUGAAGAUCUUGCUGCUUUCAACAUCCUGUCUCUCUCUUUGGAGUUUGUCAUUUUUGAGGACACAUGUGGACUUGAAAGGUAUGCCAAGGGCCCCUUCCCACACCAGUUCUGCACCUCGGCCAUUGCUGGACAGAAAUUCGGUCCCACUGCCAACACUGGCCUGUGCCGAGAUCCUGAAAGGAAAACGAUGGAAGCAGAACGCGGGGAGACCGUGUGA